UUUAAUUUUCACCCGUUCUUCUCCUUUGAAAACUAUUUAUUUUCCCAUAAAACCAUAUUAUAAAAAAAAUUAAAAAAAAUAAAAUUGUAUUGUGUACCUAUAAACAACCCGUGCAUUACACGGGCCAGAAGGCUAGUUCAAGUAAAUAAUCCAUACUUUUAAAUGAGAUAAGUACAAUGAUUAUAUUACAGAGCAGUUAAAAAUUAAGGACUUAUAUGUACGUAGCCACAUAGGUCACAACCCUCAAAGGUUCAGACUUCAAAAUCCUCAACCUUUAACCCGGCAAUUUGUAAUGUCGUGGUGGCUCAUUCGGAUCAAAAAGAAAAAACAAUUUUUAAUUUUCUUCUUCCACUUUCGUGCCAAAUUAACGAGAGUCGAACCAGAAAUUCAGUGAUCUUUCACACUGUUCGUUUGUUUCACGUAACAAGUACUCUAAACACUCAAUCACUGAUUCUCUCUCCUGCAAAAUCUCCGAAAAUGGGAAACCUUAAAAAUCCGCCAAAACCCAAAUCACACCUCUCUAAACCAAUCUUACUGCUUGCACUUUCAAUUACAGGCAUUGCAUUCUUAUUCCUCUUCUCUUCUUUCAUUUCUACAACUGGGUUUUCUUUCUCUUCUCCUAAAAUCACUCCCCAUGUUUUCAAUAAAUCUGGAACAAUCUCCAUUGAUAAUAAACACAAGUUCUUGUACUGGGGUUACAGAGUUGAUUGCCCUGGUAAACAUUGUGAUACUUGUGCUGGUCUUGGUCAUCAGGAAUCUAGCCUUCGAUGUGCCCUUGAAGAGGCCAUGUUUCUUCAAAGGACUUUUGUGAUGCCUGCUCGGAUGUGUAUUAACCCAAUCCACAACAAGAAAGGGCUAUUGCAUCAAUCAAGUCAAGCGAGUUCAGAUGAGGCGUGGAUCGCUACCUCUUGUGCAAUGGAUUCUUUGUACGACUUGGACCUUAUAUCCACCAAGAUACCUGUGAUUCUAGACAAUUCAGAAGUUUGGCACCAUGUAUUAUCAACUGCUAUGAAACUGGGGGGCAGAGGUGUGGCUCAUGUGAAAGGAGUUAGCCGAGUGAAUCUCAAGGAGGAUCCUCAAUAUGCAAAUCUCUUGCUGAUAAAUCGAACUGCGAGCCCUCUUGCAUGGUUUGUGGAAUGCAAGGAUAGGUUAAACCAUAGUUCCGUCAUGCUGCCUUAUACUUUUCUUCCAUCAAUGGCAGCCAAGAGAUUUAGAGAUGCUGCAGAUAAGGUAAAAGCAAUGCUUGGUGACUAUGAUGCUAUGCAUGUCCGUCGGGGUGAUAUAUUAAAAACAAGGAAAGAUAGGUUUGGUGUUGUGAGGAGCCGACAUCCUCAUGUUGAGAGGGAUACAAAGCCAGAGUGUAUUCUUAAAAGAAUAGCAAAAUGGAUCCCACCAGGACGAACCCUUUUUAUUGCAUCAAAUGAGGGGAAACCUGGAUUUUUUUCACCCCUUGGUGUCAGGUACAAAUUGGCAUAUUCAUCAAACUACAGUUGGAUCGUAGAUCCUGUGAUAAAGAAUAACUACCAGUUGUUUAUGAUAGAGAGGCUCAUUAUGAUGGGAGCAAAAACUGUCAUCCAAACCUUUAAGAGUGAAGAUUCAGAUCUCAGUCUGUGUGAUGACCCGAAGAAAAAUACCGAGGGAUGGUUAAAAGUUGUCAGUGAGGGCUGCUGAAGAAACAGAAAUUGGUCUCAUAAUCUACCUGGAAUGGAGAAGUGUUGUGACUAGAAAACUAUAAGGACUUUCUCCAACAUAGCUGCUUGGCUGUAGCUGUGUGCCUGACAACGGAUAAAUCUAUGCAAGUGAAUAGGAAGAGUUAUUAAAGGGCUCUUAAUUACACUUCCAGAAGUUUGGAUGUGUCGAGUGUCGAUAUGUGAUGCCGUUGUAUACUUUUAGCUUAUUAUGUAGAGUUUAGACUGAAUGGAAAACACUCCAGCAUGUGGGAUUCAUAGGAUGUCGUCCCUAAUUUAGCAACCAUUGCCCAUUGCCAAUAUAUUUGACAAAGAGCUCGGAAAAUUAACUGGAGGACAUCAUGUAAAGAAGAGAAUUAGAAGUGUUAUAUUUUAUGUGAAAGGCAAACACCAAUCUGUUAUGCUGUGUAGCAAUUGCUCUUUAUGCUAUCUGGGUGCUUACACUUCUUUUCGCAUCUCCCUUGUUUGACAGAUCUUUGGUGUAGGGCGAGAUAAGGCUUUUUGGUUAACUUUUACUCUGUAAUGUAAUAAAGUUUGAUCCAUUUUACUAAAUUUUCACCAUUAA